CGGGAAAGCGCCCACCACGUCAUGCUUACGUCAUUCAAGAUGGCGGCGCUCGCGUCCUUGCUGUUGCGAUCCAGAUCCUGUAUUCUGUUCAGUGAAACACCCACUGUUGUACUGGCAAGGUUUGCUUCAAAGAAGUCAGGAGGGAGCAGCAAAAACCUUGGAGGAAAAAGUACUGGUCGCAGAUACGGCUACAAAAAACAAGAUGGGAACUUUGUACAUGCAGGCAACAUCCUCGCUACACAGCGCAGGGGUUUAAUGCGCUGGCAUCCUGGAGCUCAUGUCGGUAUUGGAACCAAUAAAACACUGUAUGCCCUCGAGGAUGGUAUUGUCAGAUAUACCAAGGAGGUUUAUGUUCCUUUACCACGAAGUGCUGAAGCCAGAGAAGCCAUCCCACAGCUUCCUAAGGGAGCUGUUCUGUACAAGACCUUCGUCAACGUCGUUCCAACAAAACAGGAGAAUAAAUUUACAUUAGUGGACAUGGUAUGAAAAAGACUUUUCUCAACCUCACCUUGGUCCAGAUUAUUUUAAACUGGCAGGAACAUGGUCUCCUUUCAAAUGUGUUUAGAAAUUUAUCUGGAAUAUUUAAUUUCUUUGUACAGCUAAUGUAUGUUGUAUUCUAAUAAACAUGUUUACUCCGUAA